AAACGCAAGAUGAUCCUCACAAACUGCGCCGCCUGCGCCGCCCCACUGGCCCACAACGCGCCGCGAUGUGUUAGAUGUAAAUUGCGCUACUUAGUGUUUUAAUAGCCAGUUUCUUGGGAGGAAGUGAAUCCCCUAGCGCCAACUAUAGCUAUUGAUUUAGUUGAUUAUGCCCGUGUACUCUUCAGGAAGCCGCCGGCCUGGUCGUCGCUACUGCAACGCCACUUGCCAGCAUGACCACUGGCGCCGCGGCCACAAGCAGAUGUGUAAGAAAAUACACCGCGGCGGCAACGCAGAACAGUAUAAUGCAGACAAAAAAUACAAGGAGGCCGUCGCGGUCGCGGUCGAGGCGUGCGCCGACGACACGAAGGGCCAGACGUGCUUCAUCUGCACGCAGGCUCUCCAUUGGAAAACGAAGGAGGGUCUCGUGCGCGGGUGUGCGUGCCGCGGGACGGCGGGUUUCGCGCACGUGUCGUGCUUGGCGGAGCAGGCGAAGAUUUUGUGUGACGAGGCUGAGGAGAACAAUUUGAGCAAUAAGACAUUUACUGAUAGGUUUGGACGAUGGUACGCGUGUAGCUUGUGCGAGCAGGAGUACCACGGCGUCGUGCGAUGCGCGCUUGGGUGGGCGUGCUGGAAGACGUACGUGGGCCGGUUGGAGGCGGACUGGGCUCGAGGAGCCGCGAUGACGGAGCUUGGGCUCGGUUUAUUAGCUGCAGACCACUACGAGGAUGCAUUGUCCGUGCAAGAGGCCGAUUUGGCUACGCUACGGCGCCUUGGCGCACCAGAACACACCAUACUCGUCACGCAGAACAAUAUUGCGAACACGUAUCACGAGCUCGGGCGGCUUAAUGAGGCCCUGUCCCUUCAACGAGACGUGUAUUCUGGGUGGUUGAAACUCUACGGCGAGGAACACGAGAGAGCCCUCCGAGCGGCCUACAACUACGCGUUGUCUUUUCUUCGGCUAAAGCGCUUCGAAGAAGUCAAGGCACUGUUGCGCAGAAAACUGCCCGUAGCGCGACGCGUCCUCGGAAGUGAACACGAGGUCACGUUGUCUAUACGCGAGGACCUCUGUCGCGCGACCCUUGACGGAGAAUCCUCGGCCGAGGAAAAGCGCGAGGCGCUUCGGAUGCUGGAGGAAAUCGCGGGAGUCAUGCGUCGCGUUAUGGGGCCGGCUCACCCCAACACGUUGAAUGCUCACAGCAUCUUGAAGUUCUACCGAAGGAAAUUCCCCUGGCCCACGGCGUAA